AUGAGGAGAGGAUCGAAAUCCAUACCUGGAUCGGCAACAACGGCCGCCGAAAUAGCCGAAAAAGGUGUCGAAAAACUCGAAACCCUCGAAGGUUCUUGGAACUCGCGACUGAGAAAUGAGGCUGGGCUCAAGCGUGGUUCGCUAGCCUCCUCUAGUCCUUUUAGUCACGCAUCUAGCCAUGGCCGGAGCACCAAGAUCGUUUAG